UUUUCCUCGCCUUUCAGUCGCUCUCAGUUGUCGGUGAGGCCGGCGAGGCUGAUCCUAUAGUAAAUUGGAAGAGAAAAUAAAAGCAACACAAUCAACGCUUCGACUUAUUUGCCUCCAGACGAUUACUUUUCUCCCUGGUGGAUAUAUUGCGCAUAAAGAUGCCCUCGGCAACAAAUGGCACCAGGACUGUGAAGUCUGCCAGCCCAGACUUGGGAUUUGCUCCCGGAUCAAUUAACCAAAUCACAGCCAGCAACCAGCUGACUGGAACUCAAUCAGAGGCCACGAAGCAAGUGCUGGUGGUUCUUGAAAAGAAAGUGCGCAGUAUGGAGAAGAAAAAGAGCAAGCUUGAUGACUAUCAGGCCAGAAACAGCAAAGGAGAACGUCUCAACCAGGACCAGCUGGAAGCCCUGUCUAAGUACCAGGAAAUGAUCCAUAACCUCGAGUUUGCACGUGAACUGCAUAAGAGCUUUUUGGCAUUGGGUCAAGAAAUCCAGAAGUGUGUUAAGAAAGCGGCACGUCGUGAGCAACUCCAGCGUGAAGAGGUGGAACAGAAAAGGCUGAAACGAGUUCUGGAGCUACAGUUCCUUCUUGACCGACUUGGGGAUGAAAGUGUGUGGCAAGAGCUACUGCAAGGAGCCGGCGGACCCUCGCUGCUUACCGAGGGUGACCUUACUUCCCUGGAUGAGUUUUACAAGCUUGUGGGGCCUGAACGUGACCAAAACAUCAGGUUAACUGACCAGUAUCAAGAAACAUCACAGCACUUAUGGGAACUUUUGGAGGGGAAGGACAAGCCUGUAGCAGGAACAACAUAUAAAGCACUGAAUGAGAUGUUGGAGCGAGUUUUGCAGAGCGGCUACUUUGACAGAGUGCAGUCUCAUCAGAAUGGAGUUUGCACGGAGGAAGAGGAGCAGACAGCUGCAGUGGAAGUGUCUGAAGCAGAGGAGCACCCUCCCGACACGGAGGGUGAAAUGACAGAGUGUGCAGAACCUGUUGCAAUUGAGGUGACACAGGUGGUUAACUCCAUGCAGCCGGUUCAGACCGCCCCCACCCCUGUCGUCCCAGAGCCCCAUCCUCUGACCUCAACUCCAACACCCCCUUCAGACCCUGUGGUUAGGCAGCAGGUGGUUCAGGAUCUCAUGGCACAGAUGAAAGGACCAUACAACUUCAUGCAGGACUCCAUGCUUGAUUUUGAUGGACAGUCUCUUGAUCCGGCGAUUGUAUUGGCACAACCUAUGAAACCAGUGCCUAUUAUGGAAAUGCCGCCAAUGGUGUGUCAACCAGUUCACCCUGAGUCUCGUCUUGCCCAGCCUUCCGCUGUUGGCGUUCAGCCUGAACCCACACAAAUCGCCCUGGUCUCUCCAUCACCAGAAACCUUCUCCACACCGCCUCCGAUAUACCAGUCUCCUCACGCUGCUGAUCCCCGACCACAGACAGACUCCAUUGAUCCUAUUCAGGCCUCCAUGCCCCUGACAGAGCAGCCGCCUCCAUCUACAGUGCUCCCUCCUGCCUCCCAGACCCAGGUGAUCCAGCCCGGAUCCAAACCCUUGCACAGCAGUGGCAUCAAUGUCAAUGCAGCCCCAUUCCAGUCCAUACAAACGGUGUUCCACCUUAAUGCGCCUGUCCCACCAGCUAAUGAUACGGACUCAAUGAAGCAGGCCAGCCAAUACCAGAAUAGCUACAACCAGGGUUUUAAUAACCAGACGCAGCACCCCGUGGAGCAUACAGACAUGCCGCCAGAGCAGCUCCAAUCUGUAGUUGGUGCCUUCCAUUCUCAAGACCAGUCACUCCCUAACUCUACUGGUGCCCAGCCCAUGUCCCAGCAGUCAGGUGGCCAGGGCAACGGGUUCAGCCACCAGACUCAGUCCUUCUACAACAGCAGAGGGAUUUCUCGUGGAGGUCCUCGUAACUCACGUGGUAUGAUCAAUGGCUACAGAGGAACAUCCAGUAGUUUCAGAGAAGGAUAUGACGGUUAUCGCCCAGCCUUCUCCAAUUCUGCAAACUCUGGAUACGGACAAACCCAAUUCAGUACGCCGCGGGACUAUUCCAACAGCAGCUAUCAGCGGGAUGGUUACCAACCGAACUAUAAACGUGGUGCUGGCCAGGGGGCUCGAGGGGUCUCUCGAGGAAAUGCUCCAGCCAUGCGGUCUUAAGCCUUGUGAACUGAGCUUACAUCUGGACCACAGGACCACAGUGAACAUUCAGAUACUGAAGUGUAUUUGUUCUGGCUGUUUUUUCCCCCCCUUCUCUUACCUUCCUGGAAUUGAUAGGACAACGUCUACCCUGAUAUGUUAAAAUGGAGAAAAUGAUUCAGAAAGCAAGCUGAAAACCCAGCGUCAAGAUUUUAAAACUACCCUGUUUCUAACAGAUACCUGUGAACUUGAAAGACUUAAUUUAUUUUUAUUUUUUUGUAGGAAAUAAAACUCAUACCUGCCACAGCUGGUCCAAGAUUGGGAGUUCUCUUUUUGCCCCACUGUUGUGUUCACACGAAUUCAUUUUGGUUCUAAUAUGUUUCUUUUGGUACAUUAAGAUGCUCCCAGACUCUGUUUAUAAAGUGAUAUUGCUUCAGGAGUUUCAAUAAAGAUGUGUUGCAUUAAAUGCUG